UCUUCCACUCAAAUCUUAUCUUCUCUAAUAGAAUCCCCCAAAUCUUGUCUCCCUGCAUGUGUCGAAUCCUUCUCUCCCGCUUCCACGUGCUCAACACCGCCGUGUGCUACUUGCUCCGCCAUGCCCACUGUCGUCGCAUUGAGUUUGUGGACGGGGAUGCCAUCCGCGUCAUGCCAGCCUGCCGCCACAGAUUCUACCGCCCCCAAUCACCUCCUUUCCUUCCCAAUCCUCCUCGCCGGGUCUCUGGUACUGGCCACCAUGAACUCCUACUCCGGCGACCGCUCCUCCUGCUGCCGGUGGAUGGGGCCCCACCACGAGCCGAUGGGGGUCGGGUGCCCCCGCGCGCUGGUGAAUGUGGGGCGUCGUUGCCUAGCCGGUGGUGGUGCGGCAUCGUCGACAUCGUUGCCUUGGACCGGCAGCGGUGCUUCCUCCGACGCGGCGGCGAGCAGGCCACCUAAGGCUUACUUUGGCAGCACAGGACCUAUGCAAAUGCAGUGAAGCACAACAAGCAAUCUCCUAUAUAUAUAUCAAACUCACCAUGUUGCACUAUCUCAUAGCACU